GACAUGUUCUGGUGGCGCACCCUCCCCUCCCUCUCCUUUCCAUCCCUCGCCGCACUCUCUGAUGCUCGCGCGUGGCCCUCUCGUCAGCAGCAGGCUCGAGCACCCUCCCUCGGCUUCGCACCUGGCGGCAUUCGCGCAGCCGCUGGCCGCACAGUAUGGGGAAGGACGCCGCGCAGGAUUUGGAUGACUUCAGCCAGCACCCGCUGUUCGUGAAGGUCCUCGGCAGGUACCCUGACUGCCCCGCCGAUGCGCUGAAGCCGCCCGUGGCGGCCAAGCACUGGCAGGAGUCGGACUUCGAGAUCUUCGUGGCAAGCAUGGGCGCCAUCGUCCCUCAGAGGUCCCCGAAGAAGUCGGCGGACAAGGUGUCGGCCCCCACGGCCGAGGCGGCUGGCAAGGAGGGCGUCGCCCUCUUCGAGUGCGCCCCCCGGGUCGCCGCGCCGCCGCGCAAGCUCUCGGAGAAGGAGGAGGAGGAGGCCCUGCAGGCGAGCGUGUCCCCGCACGCGUCCGGCGAGAGCAUCAAAGGCGAGCCCCACAUCAAGAGCAAGGGGAAUGCCGACGCCUCCCUGGUCAUCCCCUCUACUCUUUUCAUGGAGGACUGCGGCGCCGCCCAGGGGGAGGAUUGUGUCCCUCGUUCCUUGCGUCCGCCGGUUUGCCGGCCGCAGCAGGCCAGUCCGUCCGUGUGCCUCUGGGUCGUGGGCUGCUCCAAGCGAGUGCAUUCAGAGUCCGUGCGUGUGCCUUUGGGUAGUGACAAGCGUUCAGAGUGCAGACAGACUUCCCCUGC